CUUAAGAUCCUGAGUUCUCUACAAAUCUUGAAUUUUUAAGAGAAGAUGAGACAUGGGUCUCUUGAAGUACUCCUCAUUGGUGCUAAAGGGCUUGAGAAUUCUGAUUUCCUGAAUAACAUGGAUCCAUAUGUCAUCAUUACUUGCCGAACUCAAGAGAAGAAAAGCAGUGUUGCAUCAGGAAUGGGAACAGAGCCGGAAUGGAACGAGACUUUUGUGUUCAAUGUGUCUGGUGAUGUUACAGAAUUAUCGAUUAAAAUAUUAGAUAGUGAUAUGGGUAACGCAGAUGAUUUUGUAGGCCAGGCAAAAAUUCCACUUGAAGCUGUGUUUGAGGAAAGGAAGAUCCCUCCAACAGCAUAUAAUGUGGUGAAAGAUGAAAAAUUUUAUGGGCAUAUUAGAGUAGGCCUCACGUUCACUCCAGAGGAAGUAAACGAUCGUGGUGUAGAAGAGGAAAGCUACGGAGGGUGGAAACAGUCUACUUACUAAGAAUGAUAAUGACUUUUUUCUUAAAUUAGAAUCUCAUAGGUAAGGCACA